AUGGCCCAUGCUGCUGGAGGCUACUCAGCGGCCCUCAUUUUAUUCAUCACAUGGCUGUUAAUGAAAGCAGAAAUUGACGUCUGCAAGAGAGGAGACGUCAAGGUGAGCCCGGCCUGCGAGGUCCCGCUGGGCACCCCCGUCUGGGUUUCGUGCUCUCUGAAGGCCAACCGAAGCUGCUCGCCCCCUUCCGACUUCCAGAAGUUAAUCCUCUACCAAAAGGGGCAGCGGCUGAGCACGCUGAACAGGCUCUCCUCGCUCAACGUCCAGGUCUCUGACCUCCACCUGGGAACCACCUUGUUCAGGUGCACCAUCUCGUGCGGCGGCCACGAGGAGGACCACGUGUGUGGGAAGGAAGUGUCCGUGGGCCUCACCCCUGAGCAGCCCCAGAACCUGUCCUGCGGCCAGCUCGGAGCGCGUGGGACCGUGGCGUGCACCUGGGCUAAAGGCAGAGAGACCCACGUGUACACCGAGUACACCUUGCGGUUGACGGGGCCGAGCGGCUUACAUUUGGAGAAACGGGGCGCUCUGGAUCAUGACGAUUUCGACCUCGGAAUAAGCCUGAGCCCAGAUUCUCCCGACGCCAGUUACACGGCCAGAGUGAUGGCCACAAACAGCCUGGGGAAUUCUUCCUCCUCCCUUCCCUUCGUGUUCUCCUUUGUGGAUGUAGUGAAGCCUCUUCCUCCGAGUGGUGUCAGAGCUGACUUUCCCAAUAUGGCGGCCAACUUCUGUGCCUUGCAGUGGCAGGACCCAGGACCAGUGAUGCUCAACCGCCUCCAGUUCAGGCCGGUCAAUGGGAGCUCCUGGGAAAUGGUUCAUGUUACUAAUGCUGGAGGAAGGUACAAUCUCUACAACCUGAAACCAUUUACAGAGUAUGAAUUUCAGAUCGCCUCCAAGUUUCAUCCUAUCAAAGGAAAAUGGAGUGAUUGGAGUGAAUUGUGGAGGACUCAGACUCCAGAAGAAGAGCCCGUGGGAAUGCUGGACGUGUGGUACACCCAGGAAGACCUAGAAGGGGGCCUGCAAAGGAUUUCUCUGUUUUGGAAGAACAUGAGCGUGGCAGAAGCGCGGGGCACCAUCCUCCGGUACCAGGUGGUGGUCCGGGAGAUGCCCAGCUCGGCCGAGCUGCCCACCCUGAAGAACUCCACCGUGCACAAGUACUGGACCACCGAGGUGCCCCAGAAGGACUAUGCCGCGGCUGUUUCUGCUGUUAACUCCAAAGGCUGCUCCCCUCCCGCCUGGAUCUUCAUCCCCCGCCAGCCCAGGGAAGCUCCUCGGGACGUCCUGGCCCAAGCCCAGGGGACGCACGGCAUCAGGCUGACUUGGGAGCCUCCUGGCCCGGCUGCCGCUGCUGUCAAGGAGUAUUUGGUGGAGUGGAAAGAGCCGGGCGCCGGCGGCAACGCGUCUUCUGCUGUCCACUGGCUGCGGCAGCCCCCCGGCAACACGUCGGCCAUGAUCUCAGGUAAUGAGCCCGCCGGCCUCCCUCAGGACCGCCAGCCGGGUUGUGGCGAGCCGGGGAAGCCAUGCCAGGCGGUGAGUCCUUGUUCAGCUUUUAUGAAGCGCCUCGUGUCGGCGGGGAGCCGGGCCGAAGCCGAGGUCCGAGCCCCAAAGGCCGCUGCGCAGAGAGGGAGCUGCGUCUCACAGCGCCAAAGCGCCAACGGCUCCUGUAGGUGCCUAGGACCGGGCGGGAGAGGCGCGAGGGGGACGGCGGCCUGCCGGGCCCGGCGCUCCGCUCUGGCCCUGACGCUGCAGCAUCCGCCUGAGUCUGAACACAGACAAGAGAAAAAAUGGCCAGCCCUGAAGUCACCGGAGCGAGUCCUUCCGGUGUGGGAGGAACAUCAGGGGGCACAGAAAGAAGCAGGCGCGUCGGCAGCAAAUGCCAAUGGCCCUGACUCCCCCCACCAACAUGACGGGGCUGGAGCUGGCCCAGAGUGUCCUGCCCGAUGGGAGCGCCGCAUCUUCAGGCGAAUGUGGAGCUUUUUAGUGGGAAAGACGGAGCAGCAGCCCGAAGAGCCAUGCCGUAAAGAAGAUUCAGAACUUGGGGAUGGGCCGGAGGCAGAGGAGUCCGAGGUCAGCCGGGAACAUCGCCGGCAGCCUGACCUGAGCAUCCAUGCUGAGCCUUCACGUCUUUAUUGUAUCCGGCUCGUCGGUGAGAGCCUCGGUCACUCGGAAGAGUUCUGCCCAUCAGCCCCGGUGGGUGAAGGACGCCUCUGUGGAGCCCCCGUGGAGCUGAGCCACUGGUGCCAAGCACACGUCCACAUGGACUCUGAAGACGGACAGGCGGCCGAGGCCGGAAUGAGGCAGGAAGAAGAAGCAGGGCGUUGCUAUGCUCCCGACUGGAACUUUUUGGUGGUGCCCAUUACAGCAGCUCUCAUCAUGGUGGGGAUUUUAUCUGUGCCUCGUAUUCGAGCGAAAGUGAUGUCUGUCCUCUCUACCCUAAAGCCCCAAUGGUAUAAUCAAGAGAUUCCAGACCCAGCAAACAGCAUGUGGGCCAAGAAAUUUUCCAUCAUUGAGGGGGACAUUCAGUUCCAUUUGGACGAUCUUUCCAACAACUGUUGGACCAUUUCUGAAGACCCCGAAACUCUUGAAAUCAAAGAAGUUCUCCAAAGAGCAGCCCCGACUCUCCAGGAGACGUGUCGCACUGGCUGGCCAAGACACCCCAACUUCCUCGGGACAGAAGGAGAAAGCUGGCUUCUGAUCCCGAAGCCCCCCAACGUUGGGGCAGAACGUGGGGCCGCCCAGUAUUGGGUCCCUGGGACGGGCCAGGCUGAGAGAGGAAAGGAGGCCGAUCCAUACAAGGCAAUGGGCUCGGGGGGACCGGCAUCCCGAGCCCCGAAGGCAGGAGAGCCCGCCAGCCGCCUCGGCGAUGUCCCAGCCAGCGGGGAUUACCUGCCUUCCAACCUGGACGACGUGCCUUCCGUGGCCGCCGACCCGCUAGAAGAGGGCGAGCUGCAGGGCCUCUCCUUCUCCGUCUUCCCAAAGGGCUCUUUCCUGCCCCUCCUCUGCGGAGAGAAGCUGACCCUGGACAGAGUGAAGAUCCGCUCUGGACCCGCGAUUCACUGACGCCGCAUCCUGCGGGGCUCUGCCGGGAGCCGCCGUCGGCCUUCCCAUCUCACGGGCUGGUGAGCUUGGAGGAAGCCACGUCGCUCCCUCCCGUGGCUGGCACCCGCACCAGAGCGUGGGGGCCUUUCCCCGCCUGGGCCCCCCCAGCCAGCUGGAGGAACCAAGGACGACGCGCUGAUAAAUAUGAAAAAUGAUAAAUGCUUGUA